GCGGCCGCUCCGAGCGUCGCUAAGCAACGCGUCGUCUCCAUGUUGCCGAGGCUCGGGGAAGACGCCGGGACCGAUUUACAGCCGCACACGUCCCAGCGGCGCUCCGGCUCGUAUGUGUCCGAAAACCGUCCCGGGGGUGAUGGUGAAGUUGAGGGCAAGGUGUCUGCUCGUCGGAGAUGCUGCUGUAGGAAAGAGUGCGCUCUGUCAGAUGUUCCGCAGUGAUGGUGCACACUUCCAGAAGAACUACAGUAUGACGACUGGAGUGGAGCUGCAGAUGAAAUGUGUCAACGUUCCAGAGAGCAGCGACAGUGUGGAGCUGUACAUAAUAGACACUGCAGGGAAGGAAACAUUUCGGGAAGCCUGUGAGAAGAUGUGGGGACAGCCAUCGGUAUUGUGCCUGGUAUUUGACCUGACCAGUGAGCAGUCUUUCACAAACUGUACCAUCUGGAUGGACAAGGUUCGCUCCCACUGCCAGGGCCUGAAUGUUCCAGCUGUGCUGGUGGGAAACAAGUCAGACCUCUCUGCAAGGAGGGAGGUCCAGUCAUCAACUGCCCAGGAGUGGGCCCAAAGCCAGGGACUGGAGUACCAUGAGACGUCCGCUAAGGAGAUGGAAAACUGCGAUGCACCAUUCCUCACUCUAGCCCAGGCGUUCCACUCUCUCUACCAAGACCAGCUCGAAACCAUCAAGAGCCUAAAACCUCCAGCCUAGGAUCCCCACCAGCCCUCUGUGACCAAGAUAAUCAAAGUUUCUGUCAAGUACCCAGAACCAUAAUCAUUUUGGAAAUUACUACUAAUUUAACUUUUUUUUUUUGAUUAUGAUAAAAGGCAAAAUCACCUGAAAUCCCUAGAAAAGGCUACAUGCUUGUUCAUUCAGUCGUCCUGAAUAAUUUGGACAGAUCGACAAUAAAUUCUGGUAAGUGAUAUUUUUGUGAGGCAGCUCAAGACAAAACCUGUUUUUUUCUGUAAAUACCCUUCCAGUUGUUUAAGAUGCCUUGCCAGCAGAGGUUGGCAUAUUAUGAAUGAUGUUUUUAUAAGAUCUUAAGUUUCUUAUUCUUUUAUUAAAACUCAUCUUGCCACAUUGUCUGUUUUCUGU